AUGGAGCAUAACUUCUAUCUCUCCCUUCUUCUUCUCUUUGUCUCUUUCAUUUCCCUCUCACUUUUUUUCCUCUUCAACAAAACCAAAUCUCCAUGGAACUUACCACCGGGGAAAAUGGGCUAUCCGGUGAUCGGCGAAACUCUCGAGUUUUUAUCGACUGGAUGGAAAGGACAUCCCGAAAAAUUCAUUUUCGACCGAACGAUUAAACAUUCAUCUGAAGUAUUUAAAACAUCGAUCCUAGGUGAAGCUACUGUGGUUUGUUGUGGAGCCGCAAGUAACAAGUAUUUGUUUUCAAACGAGAAUAAAACAGUUGUGGCAUGGUGGCCAGAAUGUGUGAACAAAGUAUUUCCUAAUAACUCAGUUGGAAUAGAUUCUAAGGAAGAAGCUGUGCGGAUGAGAAAAAUGCUUCCUCAGUUUCUUAAACCAGAAGCUUUGCAACGUUAUGUUGGUAUUAUGGAUACUAUUGCUCAAACACACUUUGUUUCUCUUUGGGAGAAUAAAGAUCAAGUCACUGUUUAUCCAUUGGCUAAGAGGUAUACUUUUUUGUUAGCUUGUCGAUUAUUCAUGAGCGUUGAAGAUGAGAACCAUGUAUCAAAAUUCAGGGAUCCGUUUCAUUUAAUAGCGGCAGGAAUCAUAUCCCUGCCGCUCAAUUUGCCCGGAACCCCGUUCAACAGAGCUAUAAAGGCCUCAAACACCAUUAGAAAGGAGUUGCUGAAGAUCAUAAGGCAAAGGAGCAUGGAUUUGGCGCAAGGUGUUGCAUCACCAACACAAGAUAUAUUGUCACACAUGUUGCUGACUUGUGAUGAAAAUGGAGAGUUCAUGAAUGAACUUAAUAUUGCUGAUAAGAUUCUAGGGCUUUUGAUAGGAGGACAUGACACUGCCAGUGUCGCAUGCACUUUCGUCGUUAAAUAUCUCGCGGAGUUUCCUCGCAUUUACGAUAAAGUAUAUCAAGAGCAAAUGGAAAUUGCAGAUUCGAAAUCCCCCGGAGAGUUGUUGAAUUGGGAUGACCUCAAGAAAAUGAGAUACUCUUGGAAUGUUGCUUGUGAAGUGUUGAGAGUUGCGCCUCCACUCCAAGGAGGUUUCAGGGAAGCCAUCACUGACUUUAUGUUCAAUGGGUUCUCAAUUCCUAAGGGAUGGAAGCUCUAUUGGAGUGUAAAUUCAACACAUCUGAAUCCAGAAUGUUUUCCCAAGCCAGAGGAAUUUGACCCAACAAGAUAUGAAGGAAAUGGGCCAGCUCCUUACACUUUUGUGCCAUUUGGUGGAGGACCAAGGAUGUGCCCUGGAAAAGAGUAUGCAAGAUUAGAAAUUCUAGUUUUCAUGCACAAUUUAGUGAAAAGGUUCAAGUGGGAAAAGAUGAUUCCAGAUGAGAAUAUUGUUGUUGAUCCCUUCCCUAUCCCUGCAAACAAUCUCCCAAUUCGUCUUUUUCCACACAAAGCUUGA